AUCAAUUUCCUUAUCUGUGUCAGAUGUGUGGCGUGACAAGUAGCCUCGCGACAGCGCGUCAAUAAAGAACUGGACGUUCCAAGACCGGCGACGUUCGUUCCGCGCGCAUACGGAUUGGUACGAUACGUUCCACCGCGUGCUGUAAUCGCCGUGCUGGCGCAGCUGUCUCCUCUGGGCGCCCCUGUCUGUGGACAUGACCGCGGAGCUGCUGUCGGACCUGGACAGUCGCUUCUUCGCCGACAACCUUCUCACGAGCGAGGACUGGGAUGCGUGUCUGUAUCAGUGUGAGAGUAUGGAAGAGGGUGAAGAGGGGGACUUCAACAGAGGACUGAAAUAUGACACAUCGCUUGACAAUCACCUUGUCCUGACCCUUGACCCUGACAACCCCACGUCACCAUGGAAACACCUGGAAGACCAUCUGCUUACUGGUGACACGGCCGUCAUAAAAGACGACCUGACGAUAACGCAGCCCCUCCCUGUGGACAUGUUGUUCCAGGUGAAGGCUGAGCCUCCAUCUCCUUCCUCCUCUCCAUCCUCAGACAGUUCACUGUCCUUACCUGAACCCCAGGUGUCAGUGAAGGGGGAAAACCCCCCUACUCCACCUUAUAUGUAUGGAGAUGUCCUUUCCCCCCCACUGGGUGCCAUGGAGGUUACCGUAGCAACAGCUGCCCCUCCCCAGUCCCAAUCUCCACUUCCUGGUCCUACGCCAAGCCAGACGCUCAACAGCCUGGACAGUCAGACCACAGUGAUCGCCGCCGCGGCUGUUCUGAAGGCGAGCUCCAUCCUAAGUUCCAAGCCACUGCUCCAGCCGCGGCCAGUGUGUGUGGCCACAUUGCCUGUGCCACAAACCACGAGUCCCGCCAAGACCCUGAUCCUGCAGAGCGUCCCAGUGCCUGUGCCCACCAUCGACCAGGGCAGGACCCCCGUGGUGCUGUCUCAGUCCGUGUGUCUGAGUUCUGCUCCGGCCAUUGUGAAGAUGGAACCCGUAUCUCCCAGCAUCCCCCACUGCACCAGUCCGACGGCCCCGCCCGCCACCAAACCCAUCAUCCCUGCAUCCUCUCUGCCUGGCAACAGCUGCGGUGACAUCGACAUGAAGGUGCUGAAGCGUCAACAGCGGAUGAUAAAGAACAGGGAGUCGGCGUGUCAGAGCCGCCGGAAGAAGAAGGAGUAUCUGCAGAACCUGGAGACACAGCUGCGCGAGGCCCAGCAAGAGAAUGAACGACUGCGCAGAGAGAACCAGGCCCUCCGCCUCCGUCUGGCUGGGAAGGAGGCUGGAGAGUCAGGCAACAAUAAGAGAGCGGUGUGUGUGAUGGUGGUUCUGCUCUUCAUCACCUUCAGUUUUGCCCCCGUCAGCAUCACAGACAUGAAGUUCACCUCUCCGCUCCAGGACGAGGCAGUCAUUCACACUGGCAGGCACCUGCUGGAGCAAGCCGAAGAGCUUCCCAGCGCCGCGGCCACCCAGCGAGUCAUGGACAGUGAGGAGGAGGGAGGAGAGGAGAGGUGGAGGAAGAGUGAUGUGGAGAGGGAGAACGCCGACCUGUUUCACUUCAGGAAUGCGAGCAGUGUGUUCAGUGGUGUGAAAGACUUGGUCCUGCAGGACAUCGAUCGUCUCUUCUCCUCCUCUGACUGCAGACAGUUCAACCGCUCCGAGUCUCUCAGGUUGGCUGAUGAGCUGCGUGGUUGGGUGCAUCGGCAUCAAAUUGACAGGAAGAAGUCUGGUGGGAAACCAAAGAGUUUGCAGAAGGCAAAAAUAACUCAGCAGAAAGCCCAGCACAGGAAAACCAACUUCUCCAGGUACCUGCCCAUCGCUGCUCACCGCUCCAUUGAGAGUCAGCUGCAGUUGCUGUCUGGGCCGGAGGUGAGCUACAGCGACUUCCUGGAUGCCAUUGACCGUCGUGAGGACACUUUCUACGUGGUGUCCUUCAGACGGGAUCACCUGCUUCUUCCUGCUAUAAGUCAUAAUAAAACUACUCGACCUAAGAUGUCUCUCGUCAUGCCUGCUAUGACCGUCAACGAGUCUGUGUAUAACUCCUCUCAGGGUGGGUAUGAGCUCAUGAUGCAGGUGGAUUGUGAAGUGAUGGAUACCAGGAUAAUCCCCAUCAAGGCUUCUGCUGUGCCACCUUCCCUCAGAGACCCACCCCCAACCCCACCCUCACACCACCACCACAGCAACCAAACGCGUCAGCACCACGGCAAUGGGGCCUCGUCAAGGCAACCAUUACCCAUCAGAAGGAGGGGGGCAGAAUAUCUGAUAAGCCAAGCGGGGUCACUGUGAGCAGGACAGCAAGAGAAGGAUGAAGAGAUGGCGAGAGAGAGAGAGAAUCUGGACAAUAAAGUACCAUUUUGAGAAAUUGGCCCCUGAAAUUUCAAACUAGGCUGAAGAACAGAACAGGCCGGUUGGUCAACUUGGUUGCAAACACGUCCCAGCGUGUUCCAGAUUGAGUAAGUGUGGUGUCAUGGUGAAGACGUUUGGGAGAGGCCUGGCAUUGAUGAAGAUGUAUGGGAGUGAAGGGGGUUCUUUUUCAAUCCCAGAGGUGCUAGUACAGGUGUGAGGGGACAUGACCUGGGCUGUGGGGCCAUGCAUACACACGAAAAAACCCAGCCAACACGCAUUUGUCACCUCUUCGUGUGCGUGUGUGUGUUUAAUAUUUGUGGUUACUGUUGAAUUUGUUUCAUUUUUAGUUGAUUUUGAUAUAGGUUCAAUGUUAAUCAUUUUGGUGUUUACUUCAUUUUUGCCUGUUUGUGUUCAGAUGUAAUUAUUUAAUGAGAAGAUAUGAAUUUGCUAGAUGUAAAUAUCUGUUACUGUGUGAAUCCUUCGUUGUCUUACAUUAGAAAUGCAAACAUGCGUAUCCAUGUAUACAUACAUACAUACAUACACAUAACCAUUACAGUUGCAUUUCAUCACACUUCAUCUGUACUGGGACUGAAGAACCAGUGCGUUGGCACACACCCACAUGUUUUUGGCCACUGGCUUGUGUAUACACACAGCUCUCACACACAUCUUAUUUUCAAGCCCCAAUAAGAGGUUUUUUUGGUAUCCAAGAGAGCACCACCUACUGAGUGUGUACUGCAGAUAUUCUUGCGCGACUAUUCAAAUUUCAUUCUGGUAGAUGGAAUGAGCGAUUUGAUUAGCUGCUGCUAGCCUUGCUGUGGGAGAGUGACACAGUCACACUUUAGAAGCUGGAGACCUCUGUUAACACGGCCACACAUGGGGGGCCAUGUCAGUCUGCUCAUUCUGAAGUAGCUGCACGUGAGCGUGCAUGUUCACAUAUGGCUGCACUGGGCCCAAAAUGGACUAAGACUAUGAUGUGAAUGCUUGUAUAUAGUUGUGAUGAGUUGUAUUGCCAGGGAGAGUCCUUUUUGUAGAUUCAGUUUGGUUGUUUUUUUUUAAGGUAAUAUGAAGUCUUUGGAACCUUUGUUUUGAAGGCCAGACUCUUAGGUAAAAUUGUGUGUGUGUGUGUGUGUGUGUGUGUGUGUGUGUGUGUGUGUAUAUCUCUAUCUAUCUAGCUAUCUAUAGAGAGAGAGAGAUGUUACACAUACAUAUAUAUUAUGGCCACUAAAAAUUGGACUAAGGAUGAAUGGGGCUUGCUUUAUAUCUGAUUUUCUUUUUUUGUUUGUUUCUUCAUGUGUUAAUGGUCCAGUUGUGUUUAUGAUCAUCUGUACUGAUCCAGUGGAGACUGACACACACACAGCCCUGGACAGCUGCACCUGUCUUCUGUUCACUCUACUGCUGUUGUAAAGUUCAGGGGUUUUUUGUGCACGUUUGAUAUAGCACGUUGGUCAUCUGAACGGACGUAGGUUAAACCCAGUCCUGGACCACAUGCUUGUCCUUGACGAAAUGUUAGAUGAGAGGAAGCUGACACCAAGGAACAGAGCUGAUCUGGCUCUGAUCAAACUCACUGCUCCCUAAAUAAUAGUUUGUCUCUGGUCUGAAGACUAAAUAAUCAUUCCUUUAGUUGUUGUUCUCUUACGCCCCCAGCACACGUGCGUGCAUGAGCAAACACACACACACACACACACACACACACACACGGGCAAUAAUCACUUAUACAGAGAUAUGACACUGUAAGCAUGUGCUUGCUUUAUCAGUGACAGAGAUUGUUGUUGUAAAUAUGUUCAAAGUUGUUUUUUAAGCCUUUUUUAAUUUAAUGGGAUUUUCUUGAAGAAAAAAAAAGCAUCUCCCUGACUGUAUAAGGAUUUUAAACCACUGUGGGGGUUUUUUGUUAGUUUUUUAGUAGUUAAAAGAUGAGAAAUUCUAAAUAAAAAAGAUAAACUAG